CGGGCGAACACAAUCAAGGCGACAAUAAUAUUCCGCAGAUUUUUUUUUCUCCGACAAAAUGUCUAACGUCGAUAUCAAGCCGGCCGGGUGGAAGUUGAUUGAGGUCGGACGAGUGGUCACUCUCCGAUCAGGACCUUUUGAAGGCAAACUCGCUACGAUAGUCGAGAUCAUCGAUGCUGGAAGAAUCCUGAUCGAUGGUCCUUCAACGAAAGAAGGCGCAGCCGUCCCUCGUCAAGCCAUUCACACCAGCACAGUCUCUCUAACACCCUGGGUCAUUCCCAACCUGCCCAAAGCCGCCGGUACUGGUGCCGUCAAGAAGCUGUGGGAGAAGAACGAGAUCGACAAGAAGUGGGCCGAGUCCUCGUGGGCUAAGAAGAGAGAACAAUUUGAGAGGAGGAAGAACCUGACAGACUUUGAGCGAUUCAAGGUUAUGAGGUUGAAGAAGCAGCAACGAUUCGAGACCAUGAAGGCGCAAGCAAAGGUUCGAGCGACCGCAAAGGCAUAGAUUCGGGCAUUGUUUCAGGCGUCAUAUGAAGAUUCACCAGGUUCAAAAUCAAUCAACGAAGAGAAGGCAUGCGGGCUGUGGGCGUAUCGACAAAGCCUCCGUGCUGAGGAUGUGGCAGGAAUCAUUCGUGGCUGCGGCUUUUCUCCUCUUUCGCGCCCGCACGGAUUUUCCAGAGCAUGAUUCAAUAAAUUCAUGAAACUCGAAUGAUUGCAGACCACCGAAAGCUCGAUUGGAACAUAUAGUUCAGCGAGAUGCUCCGCGCUUCAGAGCUUGCAUACAAAGAUGGCUUGAAGAUUUGCGCUUUGUCUCACACCGGGCAGUCCGAUACACCCUGUCUUUGUGAACCGAGUUCUCCUGCAGCAUU